CGUAGCUAGCUUGACACAAUACUCUGUCCCGAUUAUUAAGACCCAGAAAAUACCGAAAAGAGUCCCGUUUUUUUUAUAAUAGUGAAGUGUGUACCUAUAAAUUCUAAGUGUGUGCCAUUUAGGAUACGAAAUCAAUCACGAGAUGGGUGGUGCUGAUGUUAAAUGGCCAAAAGAUGCCGCCGAUCAGAAUUUCGAUUACAUGUUUAAAUUGUUGAUAAUAGGAAACAGUUCGGUCGGUAAAACGUCCUUUCUCUUUAGAUAUGCCGAUGAUAGUUUCACUUCAGCAUUCGUUAGCACAGUCGGCAUUGACUUCAAAGUCAAAACUGUUUUCAGACACGAUAAAAGAGUGAAGCUACAAAUAUGGGACACCGCUGGUCAAGAGCGAUACAGAACCAUAACGACAGCAUAUUAUAGGGGAGCUAUGGGUUUUAUCCUUAUGUAUGAUAUUACCAAUGAAGAAUCUUUCAAUAGUGUACAAGAUUGGGUAACUCAAAUCAAAACUUACUCUUGGGACAAUGCUCAAGUAAUUUUGGUUGGUAAUAAAUGCGACAUGGAAGACGAACGAGUGAUCAGUUUUGAACGAGGAAAACAACUAGCCGAACAACUUGGAGUCGAAUUUUUUGAAACCAGUGCAAAGGAAAAUAUAAAUGUCAAGGCAGUGUUUGAACGCCUGGUAGACAUAAUAUGCGACAAGAUGUCGGACAGUUUAGAUACAGAUCCAAAUUUGAUGAGCAGUGGAACCAAAUCCACGCGCUUAACAGAUACUCCUCAUGGACCUCAAGCUGCCAAUUGUAACUGUUAAUAUAAUUAUAAUCUGAUUGAAUACUAUACUGUUGAAACUUUGACCAGGAUGUACUUAAACUAAUUUUUAUUUUUACUCUCAUUGAGACUGACAAUAUAAACAGGCGCAGUAAUUAUUAUGGCCAUUAGAUCGACCCUACAUUAUCAAUUAACAGUACUGACAAGAAAAUUGUAAUGCUAAACAGUUCUUACUAGUUAUUGAACAAAAUAAUUUAUUUGCUUAUAACUAUUAUUUCAUUAUUCCAUAUUCAGCAUUGUUGUUCAGUUAAAAAAUAGAAUUUGGGUUAUUCUGGUGGUCUUCAACUUUUAUUUAGAUGCGUCUGUACUUAACUACUUGAAAACUUACCUUCUGGAAUCAAACUUUCUUUCGAUUCAAAUAACAAAUCAAUCUUAAAAAGUUGGUUUUUUGGAAAUGGAGGUACGAAAUUUUGUUAGUUAGAACUAAUACUCACAAUUUCAUUUCAAUAUAAUUGAAUAUGACAAGAAAUUCAUUGAUAUAUAGCAAAGUUCAACAACAGAAACGAGUAAGGAAGAAUAAGACUAUUUAUUUAUAAAAACACGUUUAUAGGACCAAUGAAAAUUAUAUGGAACUAAUUAGACAAUAAUUUUAACUUAAUCUAAAUGGCUGAUUUAUUUUUCAACAGAUUUUCGUACCUUCACUGCGUAAACCGUUUUAUAGAUGCAUUCUCAGAAUUUUUAAUACUUAUUAACAUAAUAAAAACGAUGUCAAUACAAAGCAAAAUGUAGCAUAGAUUGGAAUAUAUAGAAAGAAAGAUGAACUAUUCUUAACAUUAUGCCGUCUAAUGCUAUUUAAACUAAUCACUACAGAAUAUUAACGAAUCACUAAAUACAUUGCGCGUCAAUGACAGCAGACCCUCCCAAAAAUUUUCGAAAUUACCCAAAUUUUUACAUGUAGUUUAUUUUUCUUGUUUUAAAUAUAUCAUCUAUUUAUUCAUUAAUGCUUCUAACAUGUUAUAUGAUGUUUAUACGGGUUAAAAUUGGAAAGUAAUCAACACUUUAGAAAGGCUUAUUGCCAACUCGAUACUGAAUAACAAUUCUGGUACGAGUGGGCAUAAAAUGCAAAACAUUCUGAAUGUUUGCUUGAGGAAAAUUGGUCCAUUCCUCAAUCAGCGCCAAUCGGAACUUUUCACGUGUUUAUAGAGCAGGUAUGCGACGUCUUAGAUGUCUUUUGAGCUGGUCACAAAUAUAUUCAAUAGGACUGAGAUCGGGGCUUUGAGUGGGCCAAUCCAUUAGCAGAAAACCAUUAAAAACAAAUACAGCAUUUGAUAGUACAAUAUCUGUUUGUGCAUCUCUGUCAGUGACCUUUCUCCAGCUCUUCCGUAUUUCUGUCAACGUUGCCAUACAGGAACAUUCUACACUCAGGAACAAUACCUUUUUCCAGUCGUCUACAGUCCAAUUCAUAUGUUCACGAGCAAAAUCAAAUCUGCGUCGUCUGUGAGUAAGCAAGCUGGACUGCAAGCUGUCAAACCACUUUCAUUCUAUCUUCGUCGAACUAUAGACUGCUAUUCCGUGAACUUGUUGAAGGCCGUUUUGGAGCAAAGUAGUAAUCGUGAGACAACGAUCUAAUCGAACUGUUUUUUUUCUUAUUCCACCCGUACUGGUGAGCACCGAUCACCAGAAACCGCUGGUUGAACGACUAAUAUUCAAACGUCUUGCUAUCUCACGUUGACUCGUUCCAAUAAUAUUUUUCAUCCAUUGUUAAGAACUAAACUCGACUCUAAGGAGGCUAAAACUUGGAAUCACUUGAAAUGUUACAACGCAAACGUUUAAGUCAUAAUAAAUGUAUAUGAAGUAGUCGAAAUUUUAAUUCGGUGUUUGACCAGUAACUAACAAUAAGUGCAUCGUUUCCUUGGUUCCUAGAAGUUUUUUGUCUUCUGUACUAACCCAUUUCACUGAAUCAAUAAAUAAACUAUUAUUAAAAAUUGAUUAUUUCGCAAAUAUUUGGGGUGGCCCGUUUUCGCUGACGCGCAGUUUAGUUGAUGAAAGAUGAGAAAAAUGAGGUUUUGGUGUAAAUACGUGAUAAGGCCGUUUGAUUAAGAGAAUUGAAAGUUAUUGUUUGUAAUAAUGAUACAAAACCAUCGCUUUUUUAUAAUAAAUGCGUACUGGUGGUACUUCUGAAAUAUUCGUAAUCUUCAGAUCAUUUUACGUAAGUUUGCCCCACUACUUUCUCCUCUAUAUUAUAAAAUAACUAGUGAUUGGUAAAGCUGACUCAAUAAAAUAUUUAUGAGCUUCCUAGAAUUCGAGAAGCUUGGAAUCAUUUGAAGGGAUAUUCAAUUCUUAGCAAAUUUUUUAAUACUAGUUAUCGGUAUUGUAUUAUCGGUUUUGAUUUGGUAAUAUUCAAGUGAGAUACUCAAUUUUUUCGACCAUUUACUUGAACUAGUGCAAAAUAGUGAGAGAACCGUACUCUCACAAUAGUAUAAGUAUGCAAAAUUAACAAAUAUAAUGACAAGUACAUACUUGGACGUGAAUAAUUAUAUCAGCAGUAUAAAAUUUAUUCCUCUAUGAAUGAAUGAUUGAGAAACUCUCUAUCAACUUUGGAAAUUCCAAGAACAAGCUGAAAAAAUAACAGUUGAUUCGGUUGAUUUCUUAGUGAUGUGAUUUUUUGUCAUAAUAUGCCCCCUUAUACAAAUUUUUCUUUGGAUUUUACACUUAAUAGGUAAAUAUCCAUUUCCUAUUAUUUCAAAUUGAUUGAGUGUCUCUUAGACUGGCGCUACUAUAGGCUUAAAUGAAAAACGAGCAAAGCUAAUCAAUGUUCCUAAAUAUUUUCUCAUUAUUAUUCACCCAUGAAUAGUUGCAGUGAAAAGUUCUUUUACUACGAUCCAUCACGUGUGGAACUUAUUUUGACAUCAAAUACAGUAAUUGAAUUCUAUGUCUCUGGAAUUAGUCAUAUUUAAGAGUUUUUCACUAGAUAGCACAUAUUUCUGGCAACUUUUGUGGAUUAUGGACAACGAAAUUGUGAACCAAAAUUCUAAAUCUAUACUAUGAAUUGAAAUAUUUAUCAAGACGCAUACGUUUGUUACCUCUUAGGUCGAUUUAAGACGAGAUAGUACAAAUAGAGGAAGUAUUUUGUGCAAAAAUCUAGAUUUUUUCGUGUCAAAAAAUGUUCAAGUACGUUCAAUUCAAGAUAGUAUUAGUAGUUUCAGAAUGCCAAGACUAUUGAUUCAGUUUCGAUUAAGGAAUCUCUUUAACUUUUGAAUAUAAAGAAAUUUAUUUAUGUAUCGCCUACAACAUAUUUUGUAUCCAAAACCUUCGCAAUUGGAAAUAUUUACGGAAUAUAUUUCACAAAUGUACAAUAUGUUUGCCAUUUCAGUUUAUUUAUUCAAAGUUGUAUCCUGUGUGCUUUUUUUUAAAUAGUAGACGAUGAAUCAACUAAGAAAAUUACUAACGAAUUUUGUAAAUGUUGCGAUUUAGUUUUAGUUAGCAAAUUAUUAAGCCUACAUUGAAUAUUUGUUAAAAAAAGUUUUCGAAAUUUUCAUGCUACUAGUAGUAUAUAGGGUUGUUUGAAAACAAAAAAGCAUUGUUUGUGGUGAAUUAGAGAGAAGUUAUGUCCGAAAUAUUAUUUGAUCAGAACAAAAUAUUUUUAACCCCAGAGGUUUUGAUUAUGGUGACAGAUGGAGCUACUUCUAAUUAUAAAAGAUGUAGAGGUUGAGUUGUGUUUUAUUUUUACUUCAAAUUAUUCUACAUCGAUGAUAAUUGGUAAUGAAUUAUUAUUUGAAAUUUCCUUUUCUAUAUUAUGAGCUUUAUUCGACUGGAGUUCCGAAAAAGGAAACACACCGAUUGGCUCCAAAUUUUUACCAAAUACUUUAUCACAUAUUACAUGAUAGUACCUAAAAGGAUUUUCAGAGUUUAGUCAGGCAAGGGUAUGAAUCUAACCACGUAUUUCCAGCAACUGAUAUUUUGUGAUAAUAUUUAGAUUUUUUGUGAUAUAAAAACACUCCUUCAUCCAGUACCGUCAUAUUCUUUCUAUGCUUGUAUUUCUUUAGGUAAAAAUCCGAUUUUCUCAAACCGAAGUAGAGUACUUUCACGAUUUUUGAAUGAAAAUAAAUUAUAUCUAUGGUUCCUCAUUUUCUAUGACACAUAAAUAUUGAACUAAAAAAGUUAAAAUGAUUGAAAUAAUAAAUAGGUGGCUUAGUACUAGUAGGGGUAGGACAAACAAAGAAAUAAUAGAGGGUUGAUAAUCAAUUUCAAUACCAAUCCAUAUUUUUCGUGGGUUCAAAACUAUAAAAAAGAUUUUUUUACCCCAUUCUCUGACGAGACACCAAAAACCCUUUAAUAUACAAUCAUCUAGGGUGUGAUAGAGUAUUCGGUGAAAAUUUGAAGCUGUUAUUGUGUGUUCUAAUAUGACGUUUUUAUAUAGAAUUUGAUAUUUUAUUAGAUUAAUUUAGCAAUAUGAAUAAAAUCAACAAAAUAGCUUUCCUUCUUUUGUUUAUCGCAUCCAGAAUAAUGUGAAAUAGGUUUUUUAUACAAAAUUCAACUCAUCCAAAAAUUAAUGAAAUUUAUUAUCAAAAGCUUCUCUUUCAGAAAUAAAUUUAAAUCUAUGAAUAUAUUACUAUAGAAACAACUUUUGCCAAGCAAAUUUUUCAUAUUGAGUUAAUUUGUAUUAAAAUAAGAGUAUGUCAUCAAAAUUAGAAAACAUUGGAGAAUUACAGUUUGUUCUCUUUCUUGACCUGAAAUGUUGAUUGUUUAUUGAUAAUUCUGAUCAAUUUAAUUUAUUUAUGAUUGAAAUUCAAUCAGAACUUUGAUGUGAGAUCAUUUAUAUUCGGAUGGUUCACGACAAUGUUUAUUGUUCUAACCGAAUUGACAUCGACUGGGAAUCUAAACCUCAACUACUAAUACAACAUCCUUCACGAAAUAGUGAUGAAUUUGAAUAUCAUUUAUUCAUAAUAUUCCCCAAUGGUGCAUAUUUUGGGGAAUUUAUUAGUUGUAGCCUACAGUAAGCGCAUAACUUUUUCGGGGUCAUAAAUUAGUUAUACUUAAUCAAUUUUCGAAAAUAAAUAUUUAUUCAAAUGAAAAAUAUAUAAGAAUACAAAAACGAAUCAAAACUUAACGAUUUCCAAACUAAAGAUACACCAGCUCCACAGUUCUGGAUACCGGCGAGAACAUUACCUUUUAUCGAACUUAAGUUUAUGAAUAAUUAAAUGUGUAAAAAAUUACAAUGAAUACUACUUAGUUCCAAUAAACUCGUGAUGCUUAUCGAAAACUUAAAAACAACUAACACUAUAAUCAGAAAAACAAAAACACUUAACACAAUAUAACGAAAAUUAUCCAGUGUCAAAUUUGGUAAGUUGAUAUCUAAUUAUGCUGGCAAGUCCACCUAGGACUCUGAGGUUUGAUUAGAAAAUUGAUUUAACAUAUAAAACUAUACUAUAAAAUAGUUUGGUCGUGACUUUGACAGGUAUAAUUUUUUCUAAUAUAUUUCCAUUAUGAAUAAUCGACAAAUGUAUUUUUUCUCUUACAAUUAAAUGAAACAUAGUUUGAACUAAAAAACAAAUAAAACUACUCAACAACGCUAGACUCAUUUUAUAUUCGACAAAUGAAUUUUUUUUUUCAAGAAAACCUUGACUUCCCCAACAUUGUUAUAUGAUUAUCAUCGCUAUCAACGAACAAUUUUAUUCUAUUCUAAAUUACUAGAAAUGUCUUGAAACUAAGGGUUAUACUCUGUAGAAGCUUCUUGAAUUGUAUUACAAUUAACAACAAAACUAAUAUGCGAGAUUCGAUACUUUUCUCUGCUUAUAUAUAAAGCACUUAGGUAAUUAACACAAAAGACAUCGUCCUUAUUAGUUCGAAUGUUGUCGAGGAGCUAGAUUGCUACAAUAUUCACAUCGCCAGAUCCCGAUGAAGAUCGUUAAAUCGAAAGUACCGAGUUGCGUCAACAACAGAACUUCAUUUUGACAUCUCUGAUCAUUUUGUUGUUGCUUUCGUUAUGACAUCCCUGUAGUUUUAUCCCGUACCGGUUCAAGGAUUUGUUUAUAUUAUAUUAAUCGAUGUCUGUAGGUUGAUUGCCGAUUCUUUGUCGCUGUUGCCUACAAUCAGAUUAGAUGUGUCAUCUCCAAAUGUCGCAUUAGUGUUGUUUUCUCAUUGGGGGAUGCCCUUGUGUAUAAGAGGUGAAGUAACGGCCCAAGAGUACUACCUUCGGGUUAAUUCUUUCUAUUCUAAAAGCUUGUUUUUUAUAUACGACGAAUGUACAAUAUUCAAGCAUCUAUAACUUUUGAUUUUGACUAUUUUUUCUAUAAACAUAGUUGAGCAUAAAAUAGCAUGAAAAUUGGUACAAAUAAAGAGGCUUUCUGCCACAAACCACGUCGACUCAUUUGAGCUAUAGCUGUCAAAGUUCUCAUUUAAUUUUAGUUCCAUACAUCUCGAUAUUUAGAAAGUGUUAUCAUUUCUCGUUUGCUGUUGCAAUAAAUAAUUAGCACUGAAGUUCGAGAGAAAAGAACGUGUUUUUGAGACAAUAGUUUUCCAUUUUCUCACAAUUCCAACAUAUUUUGCUGCAUUAAGCUAUUUUAUAAUUUCACGCCUUUACAAAAAAAAAUGAGCGUCGUAAUAAUUGUUUAUAGUAAAACAUAACAGAAUUAAAAACGAAAAAAAGGAUUGUUGUAUUUCGAGGUUAUGAAAAAUAGUUAGAAAUAGAAUUUUCAAAUACUCUCCCAACUGAAUAAUUUACAACUCAACUUUUAUAUUUUUUAAUUUUAGGAAGCUUAGAAAAAUGUCGUUGCAACUAAUUCAUAAGUACGACACUUCACAAUCAUACAUCGUAAUGGAUAUUAAUCAUAUCCUUUAUAUCCCCACAUGGAGUAGCCCCUCUUUACGCUACUAUAUCAUAAAUUAAUAUCAAUGAUAUUUCCUAUUUCGGACAACAACGACUCGUACUAAUUAUUUUAAUUGAUAUUUCAGGGAUGUGGACAUAAUCACAGGUAAUAGUGCCACAGUUCAACAAACUUACCUGCAUAUUGAAUUAAAAUGUUCGACUUUCUUAACAAAACACUUUUUGUUUCAUAUUAAUGAAUCAAUCCGCAGAGGUAUGCUAUUUUUAAUCAUGUCUGAAUUUUAUGGUCAACGUACACAUAUCGCAGGCCUAAGAGGCACCAUUAUUUGUCAAUGUGUUGUAUAUUAAUUAGAGAAAAGAAAAAAAAAAUGACGACUACCAAAGGUUGGAUACAGAAAACAAACGCGACGUAGUAACAAUAGUGUACCCAAAAAUAACAGUUUCUGUGUAAAAUUGUAAAUAAAUAGGUCUUUAUGUAAUUAAAAAUAGUAUAUUGUACAACCAGUGAGAAAAAUAGAGUAUAUCUUACAAAAGCAGCCGCAGGUGUUUAUGUAACAAGUUUUAUAAAUCGAGUUUUCUCACGUGUUGUACAUUACAAUUACUUUCCCGAUGAACUCCACGACCAAAUACUACUGCGAAAUGCAUAACAUUAACGCUGAUUAAAAAAGCACCUAAGUCGUAAAGUCGUCGGAGAAAAGAUUUAUUGUUUGAGUAACUUCCUACAGCGUUGCCAAGUUUGUUUAUUAGAAAGAUAUGAUUGUUGUGUAAGAGUAGAAGAUUGGAUAAUCCAAACAGUUCGGCAACGCUGCCAAUAUCAUUAAUUGUUGCAUAUUAUGUGUUUGUACUUAGACAAUUAUUUUUUUAUGGAAUGUUAAUUAGUUGUAACUUUAAAGUUAUUUUUGCUUGCCAACAAUGAAUUGGACACAAGAUUAAAAUAAGCAACAAAUGUACAUGUAAUCAUUAUCUAUUCUUAUCUCAAAAAUAGAAACUUGUAAUUUUCACUGAAGGUUCUAAGUUGUAUGAGAAGUUAUUCACUAACUAAUUGUGAAAUGGUAUAUUACUUUACAAGGGCAUCGUCUCGGGUAUCAUGAUGCGCAGGCUCGAAAAUUCAACUUUCAUCCCUUGUAGUGUAUACGAUUUUUCUUCAUACCUCAUUUGAAGGUACGUACUUUUUGCCCUUGUAGAGUAACUUUCGACCUAAGUAUAAAGAAAACGUUUAUUUCGACGUCUUUGUAGAAAUUGAUUUGAUCACAGAAACGAAUAACUUAAAAUAGUAUAUUGUAUAUAACAAGUGUGCAAUCGAAUUUUCAACACGUGUUCUACACGAUAUUUUUCAGACAACCACAGAAAAACGAAGUUACUAUUUAUUUUUUUAAUUAGUUUAUGGUAAAGUUACUAUUAGUCCUGUCAAAUUAGACCAAAAAAUAAGAGUGAAGCUACAGAAAUUUUCAUAAAGCUGAAAAUCAGUAAAAUUGUUUAAUACACAAUUGAAAAUAAAAUUUGAAUGUUCCCCAUCAUUUCCGUGUUAGGAAAAACUUUCAUUCAAUGUCAAAGGUCAAAAAAAUGAAUUUUUUGCGAUUAUCAGAAAAACGAUAAGUUGUAUCAUAAAAAUACCUCAAAAAAAAUUAUAGAUCAUAAAAUUAUUUACAAGAAACGUAUCAAUACUUUUUUUCCUACGAGCCACCGUUUCUGAGAUAUAAAUUUGGCUAUAAUGAUUGCACGAGAAAUACCAAAGCUGCAGAGCAACAUCUUCGUUAAUUGAUAAUUUAUUUGAUGAACUUAUGACAAUUUCAACCAGUCAACAGAAAUUUCUUACAAAUAUUACGGUUCAUUUCAAUGUUGUAAGAAAAUAUAUUGGUGAAAUUAUUAAAUACGACAACUUUUACAACUUUUUGAAUCAUUAUAUCUCAGAAACAGUGGCUUGUAGGAAAAAAGUACUAAUAGAGUGUUUUUAUCGAUAAUUUUAUGAUCUACAACUUUUGUCUGAGGUAUUUUUAUGAUAAAACUCACCGCUUCGCUGAAAAUUGCGAAAAACUUAUUUUUUUGACGUUUUACCUUGAAUAAAAUUUGUUCCAUACCCGAAAAUAAUAGGGAACAUUCGAAUUCUAUGUUCAAUUGCAUUUUAAACAAUUUUACUGAUUUUCAGCUUGAUGGGAAUUUAUGUUACUUCGAAUGUCUAAAUUGACCAGAUUAUAUAGUUUUUGAAUUUUAUACAAUUAUUUUCUGGUGCUGCAAGUAUAGUUUGACAAAAUGGCGGCGGUUGACUUGAGAAAGAUGCAUGGGAGGAUCUUACAGCUUCUAUAAUAUGUUCAGAGAUUUCUAUCUUCGUACUGAUGGAAUCGUUUAAAUAAUCUUUAAUAAUCAGUUACGGUGGAUUGCCAUCCACCUUCGCGUUUUAGAGCCAGAAGAUCACCAGUUUUAUUGGCGGCAAAUUGUUGUGUAUGUUCUUCUGUACCAGUUUAUGGAUGAGGUAGCUUCAGAAAUUUAGCGAUGUCAUGAAAUAAUCUAUCAAAUUUAUUUCUUCCCAUAAAAUGCUUCGGGCAUUUUCCUUUUUGAUAAUUGACAAAGGAUUUUUGGUUUUUUACAUUAAUUUCUACAGAUCAUAGAUUGAUAUAUUUUUGACAAAUCAUAUGAAAAUUGUACCACAAGUUUAAUAUUGUGAAGUUCACCUUCCCGCAUACAUUCACAAAUUCCAAAAAUAAUGUAAAUUGAUAAAAAGCUUUUUCUGGAGAUGUUUUACAGUUGUCACUAGUUAAAAUAUUGGAUUUUUUGAGACGUAAAUAACUGAUUGUUUCUUCAAUAGAGCUCUUUAUUAGUAAUAAGUAGCAAUGUUAACAGAACUCUUCAAUUCAGUUAUUAACACAUUCUUAGCAAAGGAAUACAUUCUGAUUUUUAUUUGCGAGUCUAUAUUUUGUUAAUAUGCAUGUUCAUGGCAAUAAAUUUCCACUAAUUUGUGUGGCUCUUUCUACAGUUUCGGGGGGAGCUAGGUUCUCCUGAUCGUUAUCGUUGUUUUCAUCGCAGAAAUCUAUCAUUUUGCAAGUUUCAAAAAUUUACUCCAAUAUACUAAUAUUUUUUAUCAAUCAAUAGAUCAAUUACAAAAUUUCAACUUACAGAAAUUCACUUACCAACGGUCCAAAAGUCAAAUUUAAAAUGUCACGUGGAAAAGCACUAGAACUGAACAUAAUUAUGCCAUUGUGUGAAAAUCUAGACCUAUGAAAUAUGUCAUAUUUUAUAGUGGUCUUCGGAAAAAUGCAUGCAAUAUUUGUUUUUGCAUUCAUUCUGAAGAAUUUCAUGUUUAUCUGAUCAUGAGAUCAAAAAAACUAUACUACUAUUAUAUUAUCAAAAAUUAAAGUGACAAACAAAUCAAAUCUCUCUUAAAUUUAAAUAUGAAAAUACCCCGAGAACGGAGUUGAAUGAAUGAAUUUAAUUGAAAAUCUUGCAACGAAAUUGUAAAAUUAUUCUAAUAUUUUAUAUGUAAUUAUAUAAAAUAUCAUCUAUUUUUCAAUAUUCGAUGGAUUCAAUUUGUUUUGAACAAAAAAUAUGAGUUCCUUGAGUGAAUAACUUCAUAAGAUUCACAAUAACUUUGUGUAAGUUUCUAAAAUUCCUCUACUUUGUAUUUCGAUUUUCAAAUUGAGUGAAUAACUCCCCUUUCAACUGAGUACUCGAAUGUAUUUGAAAUCCAGGCAUGGAUAAUAUUGAGAAUUCGGAGUCUGCAGAGUCUAUCGGAAAACAAACCACCUACAGCCUAUUACAGUCUGAUAUCCAGACAUGUUGUUCAACUGUAGCUUAUAUAAAAAAUAAACUCAAUUAAAUACUGAAAUAUUUGACGGUAUUACAGUUGUGCUGGAUCUUAGCACUAGUCCUUAACUUUGAUAUAUGGAUCUUUUGAUGAAAGUGAGGUUGAUUAAAUCUAAACUCAUUCGUAUUUACAAUGAUCAAACCAUCAAGUUCACAUUCCAAUUAAUCGAAUGCUAUUAAAAGAGUAUGAGGCAAAUAAUUGAAAAAGUAUUGCUUAGAGCAUGUUUAUUGCCGAAACGUUAAUAGAGGGAAAGUUAAGCGUCGUUUGUCUGGUGUCUAAACGUUGUGUAAAUAAUUUUGGGGGGUCGAGCAUUAGUAUUGCAGAUGAAUACAUAUCAAUUGUUGCAUAACUAAUGAGCUUCAUUUCAGGUAAGUUUGUAAUUCGAGCUAACAGUAUAGAAGAUCUUUGAAAAUUUACAGGAGGAAUUUGAGAGGAUAUAGUUCUAAAUCAAGUUAACAUGUUCAAGAAAGAAGUGCAGUAUAGUGUUGUAGCAGCUUAAAUAAAUUAAAUAUAACAGAUGAGUGGUAGACAAAACUGAUAUUAGAGAGACUUAAGUUUACAUUCAAUACUCAGUUAACAACUAACGUAUGUCCAGCAGAGGACAAUUCAAUUUUUAAAUAUCGAUGUUUAUAAAAACUUGAAUGAAAGAGUGUUAUAGUGAAAUUAUUAUUGCCAUAGAUCUGCAGACGCUGUAGUUGAAAGGUAGAUAUAAUUUUAUAUGGGGUUACAGACAAAAAUGAAAUUCUAUCCGCGAUAUAAUUGUUUCUAAUUGUUUUAGGAAACAUUUUUGUAAGUUAUCGAAUCAUCGCAUAUAAUAAAUAUUUACCCUACCUUGAGUAGAUUUCUACUAGAAGAAUUUGCGUUGUGAUAAUCCUAGAGAAAGAACGAGAGUACUCAGUUUGAAAGGUAUGUUAAUUGAUAGAGUAUAAUUGGGUUUAAAGACCUAGGAAACCUGAAACAAAUGAAAACUAAAAGAAUCAAAAGGAUAUUUUCAAAUCAUCCUGACAUAAAAAUUACACAAAGUUAUUGAAACUGUUUUGAUUUACAAUUUAACCUUUGCUUGAAAAUUAAUUAUCAAAAGUUGAGUUUCAAGUCAGCUUAUGCUGUGCUGUGGAAAUAAAAAAAAAUUGAAGAUGGCGUAUUCAUGUUGUAUUCUAUUAUAUAGAUGUUUAACUGUCAUAAAAUUGAUGUGUGACUAUCGAAGAAUUAAUAAAGGUCAACAGAUUAAUGCCAUCAAUGAUAUCAACGAAUCAACAAAGUGGUCGCCAAAUCGCUCUGAUUCACGUCUACUUUACUUACUACGUCAAAUUAUUCUAAAUUAAUUCCUAGGUGGUUAUUGGAUGGCAUUAAAUACGAAGUUGGUAAGACUUUUGUUAAUUUUGAAUAUCUUAUUGUACAUGGCAUAUUUCACACUUAGAAAAAAAUAUAUAAAAACUCUGUGCCUAAUGGAAAGGGAUUCUUCAAAACUCAAUCAAGUAUAUGAACAUCGCACAUUAUUCGCAACCCAUUUCAACAUGGUUUAUACACUAUACGCUAAUUUAAAUUGUGUAUAGAAACUCUUACUGUUAAGAUAAUAUAUGGAUUGUAUAUUAUUUUGUGAAUUAGUGUAAAAUAAAAUUAGUGUAAAUGCCCCUUUCA